AUGUUUAUGGGCACUCGUGACAAUGUGGCCGAGUGGUUUGCGUGUCAAACUACCAUUCUGCAUUGUCACGGUUCGACUCCCGCUGGGGGUGUUGAUAAGACCAUUUUCUUUAAAAAAGAUGUCGACGGUCUCGCUAAUCUUUUGCAUCCUAGAACUUCUCCGUAUGAGGAGGCCCUUCUUUCUGCUGCCUUUCAUUUGAUCCACUUUCCAGUCUGUAUAACAAGUUCCGCCAUUUCUGAUCUCACCGUAGCCAUUCUAAAAGAGGUGAAUGCUGAACUCAAAGAGGAUGCAAAUAUUUGUUCAAAAGUGGCCCUUCUCGUCGAGCUGACUGGUCGUGCAAAAAACUCUCUCCUGAUCCUCUCCGCUUCCAGGAUAUCCUCUUCUCGAUACAAGAUUUCCAGCAGGGCUGUGAGUGCCCCUUCUUCAGAGAGGCUUGUAUUAACAGAAUCUACACCCCAGCCUACUAAUAAUUUUGUUCCUUACAGUCCUAUGAGGUUGAUCAUUUGA